CACGCAACUUCCCUCAUAACAACCAUUCAUAUAUACCUGUGACUUCUAAUCUUCUCUUCACUCAAUUCAACACCUCCAUUUAUGUAACUCUCUAAUGGCGCUUCAAGCUUUCAUCAGUUCUCCAACUGCAAAAUCCAUGCCCUUUUUCCGUCAAGAUUCCUUCAAUCAUCUUCGUUAUUUGGAGUCCUCAUGGACUAAGGGGAAACGAUCCAAACGUCCACGUACUUUUGAUGAUCACCCACCCACCGAUGAAGAAGAGUACCUUGCUCUGUGCCUUAUGUUUCUUGCUCAUGGAGGUUCUCAUGAUUCCAGUAUCCAUCCACCACAGAAGAUCAAACAGUACAAAUGUACCGUUUGCAACAAGGGUUUUGGUUCGUAUCAGGCUCUCGGCGGCCACAAAGCUAGCCACCGGAGAAACGGUGACGUGGAACCGGCGACAGUUACAACGACGACCUUAAAUAGUCAUGAGUGCUCCAUUUGCCACAAGUGCUUUCCAACCGGACAAGCUUUGGGCGGUCAUAAGAGGUGUCAUUAUGAUGGCAUUAUUGCCGGAGGCCACGUCAGCACCGGCAACAACUCGUCGUUGGGGAUGGGGUCCAAUCAUAGUCAACGCGGUUUUGACUUGAACUUACCGGAAUACAUGCCGGAAUUUGUCGACGACGAGGUUGAAGGUCCUCACCCGGUUAAAAGAUCCCGCCUUUUUGCUCCGGCGAAGCUUUCAGGUCACCGUAGACCAAUAGUUUUCACGAUUUAAAACACUGAUUGUGGGUGUUUUGAUUGUAGCAAUUUUGUUGAUUAGAAAAUUGGUUUGAGUUGUCGAUUUUUUGUAUAAUAUUAAUUUUUGUUUAAUUAGAAAAUAAGCAGUCUUAAUUUGC